GUCACUGUCCUGCGACGCUGUGGAUUUUCCCUGAGACGGAGAAGAAAGCCUUACGUUUCACCUUAAAGACAAAUGCCCUUACAAGUUCUUGAAGAGAUGCCCAGCAAGAAGCGGAGACCCAACUGGACAGAUCAGGAGUCUCUUCUACUUGCUCAGUUAAUGCAGGAGAGAAAAAACGUAGUCAGAGGGAAGUACAGCACUGGAGUUUCAAUCCAAGACAAGAGACACGCCUGGGAAGAGAUAGCUCAAACCAUCAACGUUGCCUUUCCACAGGUUCAACGCACAGUUUCUGACUGUAACAAGAAAUGGGAAAAUCUGCUGGCAAAGGCCAAAGAGGAGAUCAAACGACAGAAGAGGCAAGCCGAUAAAGAUGACGUUCUGUCCACUGAACAGUUCAGCGCUGUGACCCAAAUAGUUAUUUCUGUCAUGAACCUGUCAGACAUGCUGCAAAAAGACGGAGAUGACUCUUCAGUCUCAGAGCUGAUGGAAACCAAGCAACACAGCUCUGAUAAAGAUGGAAUUGCUCACACGAUAAAUGAAAAAUUCUCAAACAAGCGUCCACUGGCUGAACACGAGUUCCCUACGAAUCCAGAUCCAUCCAUCUCUUCAGCAGCACAAAAAAUGACUUUUUCCAACGUUGCUAAAUCAUUCACAGUGCAGCUUGGUAGUCCUCAUGCUGUUGUCUUGACUGACUCUGGAGAACAUCUGGGUACAUCUUGCUCCACCUGUCCACCAUCAGCACACUGCACAAAUCUGCAGGAGAGGAUGGAUUUGGAAAUGUCUGUGCUGAGAAGACAAGAGGAAGUCCUGAAGCUCCAACAGGAAUAUUACACACUUAAAAUAAAGCUGAUGAAAAAGCAAAUGGAAGAAUCACCUGAAAAGGACUGAAAUAGUGUUUGCACCUGUGUGUGAUUUGUACCUAAAUGUGACCAACAAAGCUUUAAGUGGUAUAAUUUGUCUGUUUUACAGUUCAAAUGUGUACUGCUUUCUGUAAAGCACAGUGUGAUGGAACAAUAAAAAACACUUAGUGUGACUGAAAACUCUUUCCAUAUUCUGCUUCAAGUAACAAACAUCAGGUUUGUUCCGUCACACUAAUGAGGCGGCAGUGCCACCGCUGUCCUCAUCAUUCCAGUAAGAAAAUAUCUGGUGACCUGGUCAGCUAGUAACAUUCAAAUGCGAGUGCAUCUGCAAAUGUACAAAUUGAAUUUAUUUUGGAGUAUGCUGCUGGCCAUGAAAGCAACCAAUGUGCCUAAUGUUGGGCUGAGGAUUUAUGGUCUAUGGGACAUGUUGGAUGGUUUCCAGUGCUUUUUUGGAGCCUGGCAUUUGGAGACUGUGCCAUUUCUGUGCUGGACCAUGAUGCAGCAAGACAACGUCUAGCUUAUAGUAUUGUGUGAAUGAGAAAUGCUUUUUGUGCUUAGCUUAAGUUGUCAGCUUUUUGUGAAAAAGUAUUUUAUUCCUGGUGCGCACCACUGGUUAUGUCAAACAGCAAUUUUGUCUGUUCCAGACAUCUAUAUAUACGUCUACAAAGACCACAGACUGUUUUAUUACUGCUGUACAGCACGGGAAAUGAUGACUGUGCAUGAGUGAUAACCAAAACUAGUCGAAUUACAUUGUUAAUGCCAGAAUUUUUGUUUGUUGUUCUACUUGAUUACAGACAUACAAAUGUGUUCUUGUUUUUUUCUUUUUGUAGUGCUCUAUUUCCUCUUACAGAUUUAUCAUUGAUUUGACUUGUUAAAAAGUGAUCCAGGCUGGUGUACUGUGUUGUCUGUUUAGACUAAAUGUAAUUUCAGUGUAAAUAUUGUAGCGUGAGAGACAUCUUAAGAUAGGUUUCUGCUUUUUUUUCCCCUAACGAUGCAGUUUUUUGCUUGUAGAAGUAAAUCAUGAUUUUGUCACCUCACAUUUUUAUUUGCCAAAUCAGAGUCUCAGA